CAAGCCGCUGCUUUUGGCACGAUGGGCUGAGACAGCGUGACUCGCGCUGCAUGCCGCCCGACAGGCCUGAUGUGGCCUCAAAGUGGACAGCAGCCCUUUGGGGUGAUGCCCCAAGCCACGCGGCUGCCUCCCUUGUCAGGGGCCGAUGUGGAUGGCCUCGAAGAGGAGGUGGCAAAGCUCGCAAAACUGCGGCGGCCUCCUGGAGGCAGUGAGAUGGCCAAUAUCUCGCGCAAGCGCCGCGACAUGGCCCUGGCAGGGCGCGAGGCGGCGACUCCCAGCCGCGAACGGGAGGCUUUGCCCCCGCGCGCACUUCCGGGCACACUGCUGAAGACCAACGGCCGCCGUCGACCCAGCAGCCCGGCAAUCGAGAAGCCCAACUUCGCGGUGCCCAGAGGCGCAGAGCUCGGGGCUGAGACGCCGGAUCGAAAAGAGGUCCAGAGAUUACAGGAGGAGCUGAAGCUGCGGAGCGUAGAGCUGGACCAGUUCCGGCAGGCCUUCAGGAAGAAGAGCGAGGAGUAUGAGGGCUGCGUGGUAUUGCUCAAUGUCACUCAAGCAGAGCUCCACUUGGCGCAAGAGCGGCUCCGCACGCAGUCCCCGACGCCUCCGCAGAUCGCGCCCCGGCGCCUCCACGGCGUCGGGGCCUUCGCCAGCCCCCGGGAGGUGGCAGAGGAGGUGGCCGCUUGGGCCGUGACCCUGAUCUCCAACCGCGUGCUGACGCGGCCGCUGAAGGUUGAUGACUUGCAGGGAGCACGGCAAAGCCGACAUGGUAGCGAAGGCACGAAGUCUGACCAGCGCACCACGCAGUAUCAACAGUCCACAAAUCCGGUCCUCCAACCUCCGGUGCAACCACAGAGGCCCCCUCAGCCGCUACAAACACACCGCCCGGCAAGUCAGUUCCAGUCUGGGGGGGAAACACAGCAUGCACAGCCGCAAGAGCGGGCAGUUGCGCAUGCAUUUACUCAAGAGCAGCAGCAGCUAGCUCAUCAACAGGAUGAAGCACAGCAGCUGGAAAGGCAACUAGCUCAGCUCCAACUGCAGUAUGAACAGCUGCAGGCGCAGCAAGCGCAGCUUCAGUCACGGAAUGCGCAGCUGCAUCAACUUCAACAGCAUUCACCGAUGCAGCCGCAACAACUACAAGUACUGCAGCAACAGCAACCACCCCACCAACCACCACAAGAUGCACAUCCGCUGCAGGAGCAGCCACCACCGCAAAUUCAGCUCCAGCAACCGCUGCCUGCACAGCAGCAGCAUCCGCAGGAGACGCAUCUGCAGGAGCAACUGCCGCAUGCACAAUUGCAGCCGCAGCAUGCGCUGCUGCAACCGCAGCAUGCACAGACGCAGCCGCAGCAUGCACAGAUGCAACCGCAGCAUCCACCCCCAGAGCAUGUGCAACAUGUCCAGCUGCAGCCACAGCAUGCGCAGAUGCAGCCGCAGCAUGCGCAGCUGCAACCGCAGCAUGCACAGAUGCAGCAGCAGCAUUCGCCGAUGCAGCCGCAACAACUACAAGUACUGCAGCAACAGCCACCACCCCACCAACCACCACAAGAUGCACAUCCGCUGCAGGAGCAGCCACCACCGCAAAUUCAGCUCCAGCAACCGCUGCCUGCACAGCAGCAGCAUCCGCAGGAGACGCAUUUGCAGGAGCAACUGCCGCAUGCACAAUUGCAGCCGCAGCAUGCGCUGCUGCAACCGCAGCAUGCACAGACGCAGCCGCAGCAUGCACAGAUGCAACCGCAGCAUCCACCCCCAGAGCAUGUGCAACAUGUCCAGCUGCAGCCACAGCAUGUGCAGAUGCAGCCGCAGCAUGCGCAGCUGCAACCGCAGCAUGCACAGAUGCAGCAGCAGCAUGCACAGAUGCAGCUGCAGCGUGCACAGAUGCAGCUGCAGAAUCCAACCCUGGAGCAUGUGCAACAUGUCCAGUUGCAGCCGCAGCAUUUGCAGAUGCAGCCGCAGCAUGCGCAGCUGCAACCGCAGGAGCUUCAACAACUGUCACCACAGCUGCAAACACUGCAGCAACAGCCACCACCCCACCAACCACUUCAGCAAGAUGCACAUCCUUGGCAGGAGCAGCCACCAGCGCAUGUGCUGCUGCAGCCGCAGCCAGCACAACUGCAGCUGCAGCAUGCAGCACCAGAGCCACAGCUGCAAGCACCACGACCACAACUCCAGCCGGCAGUGCAGCAGUCGCUGCAAGUUCAGCGGCAAGCGGCAGUUUCACUAGGUUCCCAGGGUGCAGAUCGCGCGCACGCAGAUGUUCCACGGGGCCAAGACGGCCCAGAUCUCUUCGGCGGUCCGGGCACCUUCGGCGCGAACGCAUCAGAUGCGAACACCGUCGAGCGAGACGAUCCUGAUGUUCUGCUACGGUACUUGCAAGAGCAGGAUGAGGACUUGGACGAGGAGGCGCGGCGCGUGGCCAACAAGGUGGCGCCGGUGCCUCCGUCCAGAUCCCCGCCGCCUGACACGGGCGGCACCCCCACGCCGCAGGUGGAGGAGCAGGAGCCAGACAGUCAGUGGGCAAACUGCAGCAUCAUCCGGGAGGUGGAUGUGUGCUGCACAGCGACGCAAACUUCGCCCACGCCGGGCUCGGAGCGGCGUGACCCAGCGUCUGGGAAGGCACUGGUCACUGCACAAGAGGAAGUGCGAGCUAUGAAGACGAUAGUGGCCAACUCCAAAAAGGAGAUUCUCUACUAUAACCAGGUGCUUCGGGAAAAAAAUGCCGAGCACGAGCAAGAGCUCAAGGAUAUGCAGGAGACCAUGGACACCGAGCGGCGCAGAAGUGCGGAGGACAUGAGGCUUUGGAAGCUGCAUGUCAAGAAGGAGCUGAUGCAAGAUCCCAUCAUGGCAGUGGCGCUGCACAUGUGGGAGCGGGAGGUGACAGCCCUCCGAACUUCACAGGCGUUUUCGCAAUGGAAGCGGAAGGCCAGCCAGCUGAUGAAAGCCCGGGGCAUGCAAGGCAAGAUGACCCUUCUGGUUACCCUGCACGGAGCUAUCCGGGACUGGCGCAUUGCGGUGAUCGAAGCCCAGGCCCAAAGGCUGAAACAUACGCUGCUAUCGAAGUGGUCCCACUCUGUGGAGCAGGCAUCGCUUGCAUGGGGGCGCGAGCUGGAGCACGGGCUGAAGAGCAGCAGCUUUACGGCCUGGAGCUGGUCCUGGCGCUUCGCGCGCUGGCAGCGCAAGGCCCAGCGCCGGGUGAGCUUCUCCCUGCAGCGGUGGAUGUACACAGCCAACCAGGUCUUAGAGUACUACACAUUCCUGGCCUGGUACGAAUCAUUGAUGGAGGUGAAGCUUCAAGGCUUCCGGCUGCAGCUGGAACACAAGAAGACGGUCUUCCUCAAGGCCGUGCUGGCCUUCGACCCGGAGGUGUCGCAGCUGGCGCUGCGCAGCGUCUUCUACGCCUGGAACUGGAGCAUCCAAGCGGAGAAGGCCAAGGCGUUGGCCGGUGCCAUGCAGCGACACGAGCGCCGGCCCUCACAUUUGCUCGAGAAAGCGAUUGCAUUUUUGUCCACGGACCCGGUCUUCAAGCUCUUGAUCUUCAAGCGAUGGGAGGACCUCAUGUCCCGCCGGAAGGCCAAGCUCGUGUCAGCGAAGCUCAGGAACCUGGGGGCAUCGAUGCAGGUGAUCGGCGCUCUUGCGCACUAUGCGCAUGAUCAGAGCAAUCUGCUGAUGCAGUCGGUCGUCUCGUCUUGGCGUCGGCUGGUUGAAGUGCAAGCCCUGCGGCGAAGUGACGAGUACACCACCCGCUUCACCACGCAAUUUGUCCUCUCCGCCUGGGAGUUGCCGCUGCGGAUGGUGGCCUUCCAGGGCUGGCAGCGGCUGGCGAAGUGGCAUCACUUCAGAAAGCACUGGCUGGGCUUCUUCCGACCCGAGCAGGAUCUGGUGCCCAUAGUCCGGGCCUGGAAGCAGAUGGUGAAGAGAGGCACUGAGAGCCAGAAGAUCAAUGUCCAAGUGGAGAAGAAAGAGCUUGACAAGUCCUGGUUCGUCUCCUUGCUGUGCUUCGUGUACUGGCGUUUGAAGUUGAGGCCAAGUGCUGCUGUGGUGAGCUAUGUGCCCAAACUCGCGCGGUGCCAGGCAGUGGCCGCGGAAAAGCUUGCAGAGGCAGAGGAGAAGUCUGUGUUCCUCAUCAUGUUCCACGCGUGGAGGGCGGAGCUGCUCCAUUGCAAGAAGGACCAGCAGCACGAGAAGGCGGCGAAGGCCGAGGAGAAGGCCGCGAUGCUGGAAAAGACCAUGAAGGACGACAGCUCAAAGGUGGCUGUUCUCGAAACCAACGUCAAGGACCUGGAGACAAACGUCAAGGACCUCGAGGCAAAGAAUGCAGCCGCCGCCACAGAGAAGCAGCAGUUAGAGGCAAAAGUGGAGGAAUUGGAGCAGCAGGCAAAGAAGUCCAAGUGCUGCGUGGUGCAGUGAAGUGGCAACCGACCUCCCGCACCUGGAGGACAUGCAGCGAGUGCUGACGCCAGCCUUCAGAGUUGUGUCACCCGCUGACUCAAAGAUUGGUCAGCGCAGCAUUACACAGAAAGGUCUUGGAGGGAACACCGCAUUCAUGGG